UGUGCCUGGUUCCUGCGCCACCCCGAGGCCUGUUAUAAUAGGGCUGUGUUUUAUGCUUUAGGGGGCUCCUUAGUUGCUUAUUUAGACCAGCACUUACUGCUCGCUAUCUCGGCGGAUAGCCUAGACUUUUCUUGGCGAUGGGCUCAGCCUACGACUAAACUCCGAUACGAGACCGUCCGUCGUAGGCAGUGUUGAAUAUUCUGCUUAAGCAAUCCCAGGUCGACGUAUAUUAGGAUGCGUCUGCCGAUCCUAAUUCGAGACCCUACCUAAGCCGUCGGGACCAAUUCCUAGGUAGACAUGUCAGCUCAGCUUACAGAAUUCGAUCGUCGUGGUGACGUCAAACUUAGAAUCGGACAGGAUCGCGAUUCCUCGGCCAUCAUCUUCACUGCCUGUUCUAGGUCUCUCGCGCGUGCAUCGCCAGUCUUUGACCGUAUGUUGUACGGUGAUUUCUCAGAAGGGCGAUCCAAUCAAGCCAAGGAUGCGGAUGAUUGGAUCGUGAACCUCCCCGAAGACAAGCCUGCAGCGAUGGCAGUGCUUCUUUCCAUUGCGCACGGGCACUUUGAGCAGAUACCAAAGAUGCUUUCCGUCGACGAGCUGUAUGAUUUGACCGUGUUGUCGCACUUUUACGAUGCUACGCGCACCCUAGGUCCCUGGUCAAAUAAGUGGAUGGCGGCGGUAGAAAAGUUGGAGAGAGAAUCGAAAGAGCUGAUGCCCAAGAUAUUAUGGAUAUCGUGGGAGCUGGGCUGGAAAAAUACCUUCACGGCUUUAUCCAGGAGGAUGGUGCUAGAGUGUGAGGCGUCAAUAUUUUCUACCGGAGCGGACGAAAUUCAAUAUCCGCCCGAUAUCAUCGAACGUAUCUCGACGAUUCGUAUCCAGACGCUGCGAGCUUUGCUGGGUAUAUUUGGGGAGAUGAUUGAAAACCUUGCUGUGGUCGACGAGAAGCCAAGGUGGUGCCGCCACGCCGUUUGGAUGGGCCCUCACAGGUGCGAGUCCAUGAUUCUCGGUUCUAUAACCUUCUGCUUGAUAAGGGCGGGUCUCUGGCCGCUCCCCGACGCGGAUGAAGUAGAGGAGAGUGUGAUGGCCGUUUACUCGAAGAUGACCAACAUCAUCAUCCACGAUAUUGGUGCAGCCGAUAAUUCCCGGGUCGACCAUAACGAGUGCAAUCCAGGACCGUUCCUACUCGACCGGGUUCAGACGGUAAUGGGCGAGAUAUCAAAUCCCGUAACUACACUCCACUCAGAAUACAUGGAGGAACAGAUGCGAAAGUUGAGUUGACAAUUUAUCGAGGCUGAUAUUACGAUGCGCUGUUAUUAGCAACGCGACCCGAUUUCGUUCGUGGUUGACAUGCUGAUAAACCUCUGAUCCAUCUUACAAAGUCGACCAGAACAACGAAAAUUUUUCGAGCUAGUUAUCUAGGUAAAUAUUAAGUAAGUCUGGGCUGUCCGAUUGAGGGAGACGGGAGUUUAUACGCUACAUUAUACGAACCAGAGGUUCAAUCGUUACUUAAAUAUACCUACUUAACAUGUGGGCGGUUAUUGCUGGAAGCAUCGCCGUUUUCUACAAGUUAGUCAAGCUCAAAGUUAUUAGCUUAGGUAUGUUAGUUCAUCUAGUACUAGG